AUGGACACAAACCCCGAGACCGAGCUCCAUGAAGAGCUUCACGGACUGGAACCGGGCUCUUUUACGGCUGAAAAGCUACGAUAUGCCUCUGCUCAUCACUUGCAUAUGACAAGUAGGAGAUUCUUCAUUGGACCCAUCCCUGAGGGCUGGCUACAACAUCACCGCAAACAUUGGUAUAGGACGAGACUCAAGUUUCGAAACUACACCUCCAGGACGGUCACCUUCUCAGCAGACCUUACAGUCGCCCAAUCCCCCGACCAGUCAGAUCAAGAACAGAUAUCGUCAGCCGCUCGGGAGGAUAGUACCCCACUUAUUGAUACAAUUAUACAAAAAGAGAAUGGCGAUACCUCAAGAGACGAGGAGGAAGAUGAUCAAGGCCCAGCCGGGCAACCUGCCGACCUCCAAGCUAUACCCUACCCACUAGUUGAGGCUGCUGAAGUUCCGUCUAGAGACCCAUCUGACACGGAUUCUAUCUCGACCGGAAAGCAGCCUGAGUCGAACGACGUGCCUGUCCAGAAGAAAAAAGAUGCUGCAUCGACCUAUUUUACAGCCAGGGAAAGCAAUUCUGGUCCGGUCGACCUCGAUUACCAUUCGGGCACAGCGGACAGUAGGCGAACUCUUAGUAUCCCUGGUCAACAUGAUGCCAGUCAGUCAAUUCCCAUGGCUCUUCCCAGUGAAUCUGGCUCUACAAUCGCUUUAAUGAAGCCUAGAUCAUCACCUAAAGGUAAACAAAGGCUUAGCACAUUGUCAUCUACUGCCCUUGAGCGACAGGAGCCCCAAAGUGAAAGAGAAGACGAUUUGGUCGACCUCCGGCAGGUCACAAGAAACUCAAGGACUUCAUUCAACCGGAAAGUUGCAAGAUACAGAUAUGAUGACAAACUGAGGAACAGACAGCAACGACUACUAUCUCGGGUCGCGAACACUUACGAUGUACUCUCAGGAACUCGAAGACAUCGGCGCCGGCUGCGAGAGGGUGAGAUCAUUAAGUGCGAGAGGAUGCUUGUUCGCAUUGAAGAAACGGUGCAGAAGGAACUUCCAGAAGACUAUACUGAAACCGACAGUUUGAGAAUGGAAACAAGGGUAGCAGACAGCUGGAAGGAGUAUCUUGUGGUUUGUCGAUUGACGUCUGACGAGGAAGCGCCAGUUACGCUUCAGAUGUAUAAGACGCGGGUAAUCCCCGAGAUCCAGAAACCAGGAUCCCGGGUCAAAGCCUACGACGAAAUUCCCUUGAAUCGAAGAAACACGAAAAUCAACCUGUAUUCUUCGUUAGAUAAGACCAUUGUGAUCUGGAGACCUUGCAAGAAUGGCACUAAAAUACACUUGAUGCGUCCGAAAUCCACAGCUCAUGCCACCGAGUGGUUUACAUUCAUCUCACAAGUCCUAGGGCGGCAGCGUCCAAGCUCACUUACGAUCAGUGUGCCAGGUCUGGGGGUAUCUCUUGUCUUCCAGAACCCCUUUGAGCAACUGAAGACCAAACCUGGGGCCCAGGACGAGGAAGGGGCUCACACUGGUGACACACUUGAGCGCUACGCAUCCCAGGAUAGCUAUGCAGCUGCUGCCAUUAUUCGGGGCUGCAUGAAAAUGCUGGAAAACUGCACUGAAUGGGUAGAGGUGCUAAGUGAGUGGUCAAAGACGGAACAGAUGGGUCUCGCUUGGAAGCGCUACGACAGAUUAGAAUGGGUGCUUGGUGUCAACGAAGAGAAGAUGUAUGGGUCACUUGCGAUGCAAACGACACACCAGCUCCAACUGAGGCCAAGGCAGCAUUACCAAACAUUCGUGAAGGACACUGACGUGAAAACGGAAGAGCCACACCCUGUCGAGGGAUUUCUGGUUCGUCUGACUUCCCAGAUGGGUGUACAUCAGCGCUUGAACAAGAUGUUUUUCAAGCGUCUUUAUUUCUUUACGCAAGAUCAUUACCUCUUAUUUUGCAGGCCUGCAAAGGCCCUGCCUCCAGCACCUCCGAAGCUCUGUCCUGGAGAGGAUAGUAUACCCUCAGCACGGCAGAUACUGAAGGAAAUGCCUCUGUCAUACGAUGUUAACCCCUAUCCGAUUCAAGACGGCGAGAUUACAUGGCUGUCUAGCGGAAACGAGGUGCACAUCAAGGAACAUGACCAAGAAGCUCGCGCGCUUGCCCAACGGUCCAUACAUAACCUCACAAAUGCGGAGGGUUUUAUUGAUCUUUGUCGAGUACAGGAAGUACGCCAGGUGCAGCGUGGCAGCUGUCCUGCUGAUCCAAAUAUCCAAGAAGGUCCGGAUGUUGAGUUCCAUCCCGAAACAGAAGAUACCCACAGAGACGAUGGUGCAACAAAGCAAUUCGACGACGAUCGGACUCUUGAAUUGGUACUUGAUAACGGUCUUGUUGUCCGAUUACAAGCUUACGACAUGGUUGCCAGAGACGAGUGGAUGAGAAGGCUUGAGGCUUUGGUCAAGUAUUGGAAAGCCCGUGUUGCGGCGGACUCGUACGAGCUCAAAGCUAUUCGAAAACAAAAUCUGGAAAUCCUAGAUAUGGACGAAGAGAUGGAAUCUAUGAUCGGACAAUCAGCUGAGAAGUGGGAGAGCAAAAAGUCAGAAGCGUCACCAUUCUUGCACAACAUAUGUGCUUUGGCCGGGUGUCGAAUUAUCAAGAUGUCUGGGCAGUUGUAUCGCAAGCCUCGCCGUCACUCGACCUUCAAAAAGUGCGACGUUAUCCUCGCCGCUGGGAAGCUUUUGAUAUUCCGCAGCUCACUACGAAAUCGGACCGGCGUCGAGAUACCUCACAUUCACCAGAACCUCGAAACGGCCCUGGAUCUGGAGGAUUGUUACAUCUACUCCGGUCUCGUGACCGAAUCGGAUCUGCUGUACGCAAACCAAACAUUUGACAGCAAUCACCCAGGGCAUCGUGCUCUGCCUCGCAUAUAUCUCUCAUCCGAUGUCUAUACAAGCUGCGACGAGGAUACAGCCAUCACGUUUGUGGUCUGGCAACCUUUGCGGAAGAAUUAUUUUCGAGCCCAAGAGCUUGGGAAGAAGGGGCAGACGAAACAGACCCUGAAGCAAGUUUCCACGCUGGGUGUUCCGGGACGGACCGUGGUAUUCAAAGCAAGGAGCAGGGUCGAGAGAGACCGCUGGGUCAUGAGCAUUGCGUCCGAGAUUGAUCGGCUGCAAGAAGAGAAGCCACAAGACAUCCGGUUGAUUAGACCCUGA